UUGGGCGUCCUCCCCGCGCGCCCCUGAAGGGAAGGAACCGAGUGUUUUUAAAGGACUUGAGUGAGAGGGGGAAACUGUCAAGAUGGCAGCAGCGGGAGCAAGGAGGUGAUGAACGCGCCCGUCCGGGUUUUCUGGCGGCCGGAGAGACUUGGCGCUUCCCGACCUGUUGGAAGAUUUAUGUUCUGACUGGCCCCCUCCCUCCGCGCCUCGCGGGGAAGGGGGUGGAGGGCACCACGUCCACGAGCAAAUAAACCACACAGCCCCCCCAACAGUGGCCGUCCCCGCUCGGCUCGACCCCUUGCGAGCCCCCGCCGAGCCGCCGGCCCCCCCUUCUCCGUCUUGCCUUCUCUGUAAGUGAACAAGGGCCCGUCGGCGCCCGCGGGCGCGGCGGGGAGAGGGGCGCGCAGCCCGCGCCGGCCCCGGGCUCGGGCCCCCCGGGUGGGAGGGGGCGGCCGGGGCGCGCGGAGGCGGCAGGGCCCGGGAAGGGGAGGAGAGCCGGGGACGCCGCUGACUGGGGCGCCGCCGCCGAGGGCAGCACUUGAGCGGGCCCGAGCGAAACAUAAACAAACGCACGCCCGCCCGGGCUCCGCUCGGACGCCGCAGGGCUGCCCCGGCGCGGGCGGCCGCCCGCUUUAAAGGCGCGGCCCGCGCCCCUCCCCCGCCCCUCCCCUGCCUCCCCGCCCCGCACCUAGCCCGGGAGGGACCUGCGGCCCCGGCGGCGGCGGCGGGGGGAGGGGGCUGCCCCGUGCGAGCCCUUCCAUUCGCUCCCGUCUCCCCCGCGGCCUGGCCAGGGGGCGGCGUCUGCGGCGCCAGGUUCGCGGGACGCACGUCUCCAGGUCUCCUUGCUCCGGGAGGCGGGCGCGGCGCGCGCGGGCAGGGCGGCCGCGGGCGAGGGCUGCCGAGGACUGCGCUCCCGCCCGGGAUAACCAACUCCUUCCCUCCUCUCUCGUGCUUCCCCAGGCGGCGGCGGCGCCAGCGGCGGCGCCCGGGAACUCGAGCCUUCGCGGCGCCCCCGUCCCUCCCCCGCCGCACCCCGCCCCGGCGUGAGAGCGGCGCGCGAGAGCCGGAGCCCGAGCCCGAGCCCGAGCCGCGGGCGGGCGGGCGGCGGGCGGGCGGCGAAGAUGGCAGAGGCGCCGGCGUCCCCCGCCCCGCUCUCUCCGCUCGAAGUGGAGCUGGACCCAGAGUUCGAGCCCCAGAGUCGGCCGCGCUCCUGUACGUGGCCCCUGCAGAGGCCGGAGCUCCAGGGGAGCCCGGCCAAACCCUCGGGGGAGGCGGCCGCCGACUCCAUGAUCCCGGAGGAGGAGGACGACGAAGACGACGAGGACAGCGGCGGGAGGGCCGGCUCGGCCAUGGCGAUCGGCGGCGGCGGGAGCGGCGCGCUGGGCUCCGGGCUGCUCCUGGAGGACUCGGCGCGGCUGCUGGCUCCGGGCGCGCAGGACCCCGGGUCCGGGCCGGCCUCCGCGGCGGGCGCGCUGAGCGGGGGGACGCAGGCGCCGCUGCAGCCUCAGCAGCCACUGCCACCGCCGCAGCCGGGGGCGGCCGGGGGCUCCGGGCAGCCGAGGAAAUGCUCGUCGCGGCGGAACGCCUGGGGGAACCUGUCCUACGCCGACUUGAUCACUCGCGCCAUCGAGAGCUCCCCGGACAAGCGGCUCACUCUGUCCCAGAUCUACGAGUGGAUGGUCCGCUGUGUGCCCUACUUCAAGGAUAAGGGCGACAGCAACAGCUCUGCCGGCUGGAAGAAUUCCAUCCGGCACAACCUGUCGCUGCACAGCCGGUUCAUGCGGGUCCAGAAUGAGGGAACUGGCAAGAGCUCCUGGUGGAUCAUCAACCCUGAUGGAGGGAAGAGUGGGAAGGCACCCCGACGGCGGGCUGUCUCCAUGGACAACAGCAACAAGUACACCAAGAGCCGUGGCCGUGCAGCCAAGAAGAAGGCAGCCCUGCAGACAGCCCCCGAGUCAGCAGAUGACAGUCCCUCCCAGCUCUCCAAGUGGCCUGGCAGCCCCACCUCCCGCAGCAGUGAUGAGUUGGAUGCUUGGACCGACUUCCGCUCACGAACCAAUUCCAAUGCCAGCACGGUCAGUGGCCGCCUGUCACCCAUCCUGGCGAGCACAGAGUUGGAUGAUGUCCAGGAUGAUGACGCGCCACUCUCCCCCAUGCUCUACAGCAACUCAGCCAGCCUCUCACCCUCUGUAAGCAAGCCAUGCAAUGUGGAGCUGCCACGGCUCACCGACAUGGCGGGUACCAUGAAUCUGAAUGAUGGGCUGGCUGAUAAUCUCAUGGAUGAUCUGCUGGAUAAUAUCACGCUCCCAUCAUCCCAGCCAUCACCCACUGGAGGGCUCAUGCAGCGGAGCUCUAGCUUCCCCUACACCACCAAGGGCUCCGGCCUGGGCUCUCCAACCAGCUCCUUUAACAGUACGGUGUUUGGACCCUCGUCUCUGAAUUCUCUGCGCCAGUCUCCCAUGCAGACCAUCCAAGAGAACAAGCCAGCUACCUUCUCUUCCAUGUCACACUAUGGCAACCAGACACUCCAGGACCUGCUUACUUCGGACUCACUCAGUCACAGCGAUGUCAUGAUGACCCAGUCAGACCCCUUGAUGUCUCAGGCCAGCACCGCUGUGUCUGCCCAGAACUCCCGCCGGAACGUGAUGCUUCGCAAUGACCCAAUGAUGUCCUUUGCUGCCCAACCUAACCAGGGGAGUUUGGUCAAUCAGAACUUGCUCCACCACCAGCACCAAACCCAGGGUGCUCUUGGUGGCAGCCGUGCCUUGUCGAAUUCCGUCAGCAACAUGGGCUUGAGCGACUCCAGCAGCCUUGGGUCAGCCAAACACCAGCAGCAGUCUCCUGUCAGCCAGUCUAUGCAAACCCUCUCGGACUCUCUCUCAGGCUCCUCCUUGUACUCAACUAGUGCAAACCUUCCUGUCAUGGGCCAUGAGAAGUUCCCCAGCGACUUGGACCUGGACAUGUUCAAUGGGAGCUUGGAAUGUGACAUGGAGUCCAUUAUUCGUAGCGAACUCAUGGAUGCUGAUGGGUUGGAUUUUAACUUUGAUUCCCUCAUCUCCACACAGAACGUUGUUGGUUUGAACGUGGGGAGCUUCACUGGUGCUAAGCAGGCCUCAUCUCAGAGCUGGGUUCCAGGCUGAAGGAUCACUGAGGAAAGGGGAAGUGGGCAAAGCAGACCCUCAAACUGACACAAGACCUACCAAGAAAACCCUUUGCCAAAUCUGCUCUCAGCAAGUGGACAGUGAUACCGUUUACAGCUUAACACCUUUGUGAAUCCCGCGCCAUUUUCCUAACCCAGCAGAGACUGUUAAUGGCCCCUUACCCUGGGUGAAGCACUUACCCUGGAACAGAACUCUAUAUAUAAAGUAUGCAAAUCUUCCUUGUACAGGGUGAUGAGCCACCUGCCAGCGAAGGACAGCACCCUGUCAGCACUACCCAUCCUUGUUCAGAGCACACCGUGAGCCCCCCUGGUGAUUCCGUGGUGUUUGAACAUCAUGAUGGUUUAUGGGAUAUUUUAAGUGUUGUUUUUGUGUUUUCCUUUGAACUUUCUGAGUUUUUCACAUGCAUUAACUUGCAGUAUUUUCCUGUUAACAUGUUAAACCAUUCUUCCCCCUGGCAGAUUUUAAAAACAGAAGGAAAACGUUGUACCAGUUACCAUUCUGGCUUUGGGCGGCACAAGCAUUUGAGCUUGUGGAACUCCACAAACUAACAAAUUACAUAAACUGGAGGGGGAUUUUCUUUCAUCUUUUGUUUAGUAGAAAACUAUCCUUUUCUAAAAAUUGAACAAUGGCACAACUGUUAGCUGUGCGCGCACCAGUCCAGGGCUGACCCUGCAAAGGCAGCGUGAGUGGGGCUCAGCGUCCCGCCAGUACGCUUCAGUUCCGAGUCAGGGGGGUCUGUAGAUGAGACCCCCGGCGCCUGGUUACACUGCCAGGCGCUCAGGGCCUGAGUCUUCUGUCAGCAUCCUCAGUAUGUUGGUUAGAAAUUAGGAUCUUUUUAGGAAAGACAUCAGCUCAGCUGUCUACUUAUUGCCAAGUGCCACUUGAGGAUUUAGUUUUUAAGGAGAAAAGGAAAAAAAAAGUAGUUUUGCUUUGCAGAAGAAACAAACUUACAGGUGAGCAGUAAGCCUGCAGGGAGAAAUGUGUGGAGAGUACAAGCCCGAGUCAGUGCAGUGGGAGUUCUCUAACUUCAUGUUUCCCCAGAUACACACCCUUGAUUACUUUCCGCCUUGCUGUGUAUAAUCUGACCUACUAGAUGUGUAUGAGUGAAAGGCAAUAGCAUACAAACUGAUUUUUUUAUAUAGGCUUAGAUAAUUGUGCAAGUGACAUGAUGGAAGUACAAGAUAGGGCAGUUGUGACUCCCCUCCCUACUUUUCUGCUUCUAUGGAUUUGAUUUUUUUUCCCCAAAAGUUAUGGUGCUGUAUAGGUGCUUUUUGUUUAACCCAGAACGUGAGAUUAGUUACCCGCUUUGGUAGACAGAAUAGUUGGGAACACCUUUGGUACCUAUGAAACUGGUAUGACGGCGCUCUGAUUAGCACAGCAUAUGCAUACUUCUCCAAAGUGAUAGAUGAAGAUUCUUUUCUUUGCAUAAAAAGCAUUAGGCAAACAAAUGUAUAAAUAUAUUUUAUCAUGUACAGUACAAAAAUGGAACAGUCUGCAUGGGCGUUAGGAAUACAAGCUAGUAUUCCAGCACAGACCUCCCUGCAUGAGUUCUUGCUGAUGCUUGCACCGUGCAGUGGGCACUGACUCCCUUCCACCAACACGGACGUGCCACCCAACCCCCCUGCACCCACCACCGGCCGCCAGGCGCCCCCUUGUGCACCUCUGCUUUAUAAUUCCUCUGGGGGUGAUAAUGGUGGUGAUAAUAGCUCCUAACAUAAUGAAAGUUCCAUUCGGUAUUGUCACACGUCUCUCCUGCCUCGCUUGGGUUCUUAUGUUUGAGCGAUGGCCCUGUUGAUUUCACCCUGCCUUUUACUGAAUCUGUAAAUUGUUGUGCAAUUGUGGUUAUAGUAGACCUGUAGCAUAUCACCUUUUCUAAAUGGCUACAAGUUUAUAAUCUUCAUUUUAAAAGUAUGUAUAAUUUUUAAAAAUAUGUAUGCUAUCCACAUGGUCUGCUUGUCAGUGAGAUAGACUUUUGCUUACUAUAUUCCUUUAUAAUACUGCUAGCCACUUCCUUGAUUCUUUGGUAGUCUGCUGUACACAAGAACUGUCCAACAUCAGUGGAAGCAUGCCGCCUCUCUGGGUGCCUGAGUGAUGCUGCCCUGGGUGGGGCGGCAGUGGCAGCAGCUGGAGUGGCUGCGGGUGGUGGCGGGUGGAGGGUUAUCUAGUAUGGGAGGAUCGGAGCACUUCCAACGCCGGGCCCUGAGAAUUUCUCUCCUGAGCACGUAGAAACAAGCAAACUAACAAAAUAGCUAUUUGCCUAGCAGUUUUUUAGACCUUGGGAGUAACUUUGGGAUUAAGAAAGGUAACCCUCAAAUGUGUUUUAACUUUAAAACACUGAAUACUUUUCAGACAUCUGGUAUCUCAUUUACCCCCACCCUCCUGAUGUUUGCUGGAUUUCAGGCAGAAUGUCUUACAAAAUGUCCUAGAAUCAGAUUAUAAUUUUGCACAGCUGAGGGAGGGACACAGGUUUGAGAGCAGGGCAGGCACCUUGCAGAUCAGGAAAAUGGUGGUGGAAGGGGGGGUACUUUGAAGUAUUUGUUUUAAUAACUCAAAUAUCAUCUACAUGUAGAAUGUUGUGGAGAGCUGAGAUCAGGGUAAAGUCCCAGGAGGGGGUGAGGCAUGAACAGAUCCUGGCAGUCCUGCUGUCACCCCGGCCACCCUCUGCUGGUCAUCCACCUAGAAAGGCCAGGCUCUCUUAAACUAGAAACUUCUAGGGAGGUCAUGUUGGGCUGAGGUGCAAUCUAAGCCUUCUGGCUCUCAGAUGGAGACCCUGCUUUUUAGGAACAACCAGCUGUUGAUCACCACAUGGAGUUCUCAGCGUCCUGGGUUUCUCAUAUUAGGUCUUCUGAUCUGGACUGUCUCCAUAAAAUACUUCAUAACUCUGGAGGCCUGGCAGCUGUGAGGUUCGCAUCCUCACGAGAACUGUUGAGGCUACCCUCAGCCUCUAAAUAAGCUGCAUUAGGGAGCCUUCUACUUUUUGAUGGGAAUCUAGAAUGAAGGGUAACUAAUGCUGAAAACAUGGCAUGCACUCUGGGACUGUGCUGUUCUCUUUGGGGCUCCAGAACCAGAUACCUUUUUAACCAAAGUUAGAAAAGAGCUUUAUCACAAAUCUUCAUUGUCCUGGUGUGAGGACAGACUGCCAGGUUCGACGUACCCCAUUAACUGUGAAUGAAUCUGAGGUCUGUUUCCUUUGUUGCAUCCUCUGCAAUAUAAUAAUGACUGAAACACAUUUUUUAAAAUUUCAGAAGUUAUUUCUUCUUUUAUUAGAAGGAUCGUGCACACAUGUUGUUCAGUGUGGACUUUGUGUCUGGUGUUGAGUUUCUGCAUCACGAGUGUGUCACUUCCCACCUGGCUUGCUGCUCAGGACAGGUAUGCCCAGUCUCAGGGUGUCAUUUCAGGCUUCCAAACUUGUUAGAGAUGGUAGGGACGGACUUCACCUCUACCUAAAGAACUCCGCCUAAAGAAUAAGGCCCGUUUGAAUCUCAUGGAAAAAGACUGUCAAGACAAAAGCAGAAAAGAGCCAGUCCUGUUUCACGCGCUGAUGCUAUGGGCUGGAAAUGUUGCCUUUUCUCUCUGAAAGCAGAAACAAAACCCUGACAGCUCUGAACUGAUUUUCUUUUCCUUGCAGUUUUUGAGGAAUAACUAUGAUUCGGCAUAAUUUUUUUUUUUUUUUAAUUAAGAGAAGCGUAUUUUUUUGUAGAAGUGCAAUCACUGGCAAAGAGGUACGAAAAAGUUGACCUCGCCCAGAGUCUGGGGACGGCAGAGCACACGAGGGAAAGGGAAGUCCCUGUGAAACCACGUCUGAAAAUGAGAUCUGAAGGCAGAUGCCCAAGUAACUGAAAAGUGUGUUAUUUUUGAUUGAAAUCUUUAGUAGGUAACAUUUUAUGCAGUUUGAAUGAAUGAAAUAUUUUCCUCUCAUUUGGUUUUAUUUGUAUGUAUUUUUCUUUAAUGAGUGAUUGGUUACUAGGCCUCUGCCACACUCCAGAAAUAUUUGUGCGGCUGCUUUAAAGAAUUGUGUGAAUGGUCACUUAUUUCUCUAAAAUUAUCUCAUUGCCUGGCAAUCAGUCUUUUCUUGUAUACUUGUCCUAGCACAUUAUGUACACGGGAAAUGUAAACAGAUGUGAAGGAGGACCAGAACAAUUAGUUAAUAUUAAAAAAAUGUAUUGUGCGUUUUGGCUUCACAUGUUUAACUUUUUUUAAGAAAAAAAGUUGCAUGAAUGGAAAAAAAAAUCUGUAUACAGUAUCUGUAAAACUGUCUUUAUCUGUUUCAAUUUCUUGCUCAAACCCCAUACAAACUAGAAAUUAAAUAUGGUGCAUGGCCAUAUGCAAACACCUAAGAGUCCAGCAGUUGAUGCUUUGGUUUGCACCUCAUCCUUUCUUUCAAAGCGAACACUAUCAUAUUGCAUUCCUACUGAGGAUUUUGUCUAACCAUUUGUUGCCAUGAAUUAACUCUGCCACCUUUCUUAAGAAUCAAAACCAGUUUGAUUUGGGAAUCUUCCCCUUUCCAAAUGAAAUAGAGAUGCAGUACUUACUUUCCUUGGUGUUUGUAGAUAUUGCCUUGUGUAUUCCAUUUAAAACCGUAAUCUAGUUUGUAAAAGAAAUGGUGACGCAUGUAAAUAAAGCAUCAAUGACACUCUAGCUUACUCCAAGAAGUCGUUUGUUUUUCUUCCCUUUUCCUUUAACCCCAGAAAUGAAAUAGCUGAAUUUAUCUGAAGGUCUUCCUGUGGAAUUACUUCACAAAGCUGAGAGAUCCUAUUGUGAAAUCUCCAAACUAAAUGAAUCUUUUUCUCUGGCCCACCUUUGACUUCUGCAGACAACCAGUUUAAUAAAAGUGGAUUCAUGGUGUUAUUCAUGAUGACUGAUAGCCACUUUAGGCAUGCACUGAGCUUACCCUGGAGGAGUUUUUAAUUAAGGAGGUGGGAUUUAUAUUCUCCCUUCACUGAGUGUCAGAGGUCUUGAUCUGUCAAAGUUCUAGCCCCAAAGAGGUACUGCUCACGUGAGUCUAGUUGUCACAGGCUCGCCUGCAUAUCAGAAGUCAAACACGAGACUUCAGACAUCCGGUGGCAAUUAUUUCCACUGUACGUUUAGGGCCUCAGUCAUGUUAGAAGGAGCUCCACCCUAUUGUAAAACUAUUCCUAGUAGACAUUCUAACAGACACACUGUAAAACUUACUCUACUUUUAGAAACACCCUUGGGUUGGGUUCAAAGUCCCAAGCAAUGCAGUGGACUCUUAUUUCAGAUCAAGUAACUGAAGAGGAUUUUCAAGUUUACCCUUUGGGACAAAUUCUACAUUGGGUGGAGAGUCACGCUGUCCUAGUUUGUCCUUGCUAUUGUUUUAGUGACGCAGGUAAGCCCCCUUCCCCCCAUCUUCAGAUAACAAAACUUAGUGGGUGGAGAAGGCUUACCAAUUUUAAUUUUGUCUUCCAAAAGAUUGAAGAUGGCUAUCUAGUACUAGCUAUCACAAGAUCAUCAGUAGCCAGGUAAAAGGUCAACCAAAAACUAAAGUCAACUUAAUGACCAGCAAUUAUUCACGCUAUCUCAGCGGACCAGACCCUAUGAUGGGCACCAAGAGAACCAGCACCUGGGCCCUGCCUUCCUGUAUUCUAGGAAGAGUCUCUCCACCUUGAUGAAUAAAGAGCUAAUUCUGGCUGACUCUCCCUGCUUCAGCUUCUUGUUUAAAAGAAUAAUUUAGGUUACUCUCAAGCACCUCAAGACUUCGAUUUUGCAAAUCCUUUAGUAGAGAGGCAAACCUUUUAAGCCAGCAAAUGUGACAUGUAUCAGCCAAGUCAUCCACACCACAGCUGGAGGGAACACAAGUGUCAGAGGUGGAGGAAGAUAGAAUUCCUAGACACCGUGUGCCAGACACCCCUCCCGCCCCAGCGAGGGGUGCGACUUGGGAAGUAGGGAGAUGGCUAUGGGGGAGGGGGAGAAGUCCCUGGUACCCAGGGUGUCUCUAGGCUCAGCGCAGCAGGAAGGGGCAGGGGAGCGUAUUUGAGUGUGGAGAUGAAGACAGCACCGCCAGUGCACUGGUGCUGGACUCGGGCCUCCACACCUUUGGAGCUAGAGGAAGCGGGGUCCUUCCCCCUGGAUUUUCCUCAUUCACAAGUUCAAACAGGGAGACUAUCAACAAUAUUUAAGACCUAAAAGAGAAUUAGAUUGUAUGUUUGUAUUCAGCCUACUGUCUAUCACAGUAAUUUUGCCUUUCUCUCUGAGGACCUCUCUAGAAACAUGACAAACAUCCUACUCCCACUCAGGAGAGAGGAAACUUGCAUGGACACAGAACCUCGUCUGUGACUCCUACAGUCGUCCAUCCCAUCAGCACCUACUGUGUGCCUGGCACUGUGUUCUAGGCCUAAACGGGCUGAGCUUAAAAAUGAAGGCCUGCUGGCAGGAGCUCUUGAGAGAAUGAAUCCCACGAAUGCUGCUAAGGGUAUGAUGGAGGGUCAGAGGAUAACCCAGAAGUGAACAGCUGACAGAAAUGGGUCAGACUUUUAUAGCUGAAGGGAUCAAUCUCAGGGACAAAGACAGGGCAAGAAAGGUUGGAACAUAUUUGGGAAACAAUACAUAGUGGGCUUGUUUAGGGUUUAAAGAACUCAAAAAUGACAGGUGAGUCAGAAAAGUCGGAUGCCAGAAAAUUCCAGACUAAGGAACUUGGCCCCAGCUAGGGAGAUGGGAAGACCCAGGGCAGCUGCCCUGAUUAGAGGGGGCCCCUAGGAAGAGUUCUGAGGCACACUGGGGAGGUAGAACCUAGAAGGGGGAUGUUGAGGAAAUGAGAACGUGAUUGUUCUAGAGCUAUUGUCACCUGCUACCCACAGGAAUGAUGGCCCACCGGCAUGACCAAGAAGCUGCUCCAGGUCUCAGGCCUCUCAGCCACAGGCCCCGCAAGCUGCCCAGGGAUCAAUAACUCGACACUCCUGUAACUUUCUAAUCCGUCAAAGGUCCUGAUCUAGAAGAAAUCAAGAAAUGUGAUUAAGUCUGGGGAGCAGAGAUGGGUUUCAGCUUUCAGCUCAGAGCUGUGUUAACUUCCCAGAGUGGGAAUGUUUUAUAAAGAUGAAUCCAGCUCCUAAAGAACUGUGAAGAGGCUAGUUUGUGUGUCUUCUGAGGCUGGAGACAGUAAGGAAUAAGGUGGGAGAAGGGUCUUGGGAGUACAAGUAGAGAUGAGAUUGCCAUUUAUAAGG